CGACCCGAGGCCCGAGACCGGGCGAACCCGCCGAAGGCAAAAGCACUGCAACGCCCAGAUCUCAGGGAGGGCCGCUCCCACACGCAGCCGAGCAGGACGACCAGGAGGCGGCCGCGAGGACGGCCUCUGCGUCCACCGUGGGCUCCGGGGCCAGCGCCGGGCCCGGGCGCACGCGACUGCUCAACAGGCUCGUGGGCGUGGUCCUAGCCAUCGUGGGCGGCGGGCUGUGCGGGGUCCAGAGCGUCCCGGCGACCCUCUACAACGCAGAGCACCCAGGGAACCGGCCCACGGCGGUCGUGCUUCCCCAGUGUUUUGGGAUCUGGGUGGCCUCCACGGCCAUAUACAACGUGUAUGCGUCGCUCGCCCGGCUGGCAGGUGUACCCGUGCCGCACGCCGUCAUCCGCCCCGCGUAUUUCAGCGGGUGCAUUUGGGCAUUGGGUUUCGCUUGCAUGAUCGGAGGCAUACACGAGCUCGGUUAUUCCAUCGGGUACACCUUGGACGCCGUUGGGCCCAUCGUUGUGUCUAGCCUGAUUUCGGUCUUCGUCUUCAGAGAAAUCACUGGCGAGAAGCAGCUGAAGCUAUUCGCGUGCGCGUUCCUCUGUCAGCUCGUCGGCGUCGUGCUGAUCGCGGCGUUCGGGCAUCCUGCCGGUUGAGCGAAGCUGGUGUGCACCCAAGGUGCGCACAGCUCUUGUCCUCUGUUCUUACCCGUGCACACACACACACAAACACAUACGGCGCCGCAAGCACAGUGGUGAGCCCGUCGCGUCUGCCUGCGUGGUGGUCGCUGGCGGGUGGCGCGGUGCGAAGGAGCGCACCAGUUGGCGAGUUUCAGCUCAAGGUUUUCCAGCUCGCUUGAGCUCAGUGCUUGCCUGCUGCCCCUUCAGCGGGGUCGGAACGACCUGGACCCACGAGUAGAGUGCAGAUCUUUGCCGGGGCUGGGUUGAUAUGACGCCAGUGCCCACUACGGUUUUGAGUAUGCUACCAGUCGUUGCUGAGCGGGUUUACCACCAUCGGGAGCGUUCACUUCUGAUGCAGCUUCACAGACCAGACCCCCACCGCGCGACAUGAAAAAGCACCGGGGAUGCGCAAGCACGUGAAUUGGGAUAAGACAACUGCUCCGCGCCGAUCCGCCUCCUGCUCCCGCUCCCCGCCC